GCACCGGCGCCGCCGCCGCCGCCGCCGCCGUCGACUGGAUUGAUUGAUGCCCGUGAUGCCGUCUCUGUCCGUUCCGUCGUGGCAUCCAAUGCGAUCGAUCGCCUUGCCGUAGCUGCCGGCGCCUCUUGCUCAUCCUAAUGGUCGUCGGAGAGAGGUCUGAGAAGGUCAGUGCUUCGCCAUGACGCGCAUGGCUGCUGAUCUGAUUGGUGAGGUGGCUCCUCUCUCCGUUGCUCGCCAUACGCUGCCUCGCCGGCAAAAGUGCACUCGCUUUGGGAGGAUUGGACCAGUCACCGCACCACGCUGCACCACCCUGCACGAGCAAAUUUGACUGCUGCAAUGCAAAAGGUGCCUCGACCCACGCUACAGUAUCGCUAACUAACCACCAGUAGAAUCUCUAAUUACUUUUCCGCUAACCAAUAGGGUCACUACGACUAACGAUUAACGAAGGGCAUUAAUCGCAAGGAUCCAUGAUUGGGUGGCAUGGCUGUGGCUGGUACGCAGCAAGCAUGUGACGAGUCCGGCCUGGACAAUAAUUCCCCUCCUCUCCUGGGCCUUGGCCACAAGCGGACAGGAUGAUGCGCAUGGCGACCCUGGCCUGGCGCUUCCAAGACCCCUGUUCGGCCAAACCAACAGCUCAGCAACAUCUGGAUCCCCUGCGUGUGCAGUGCAGUGCCGGUUGCGCUGGCUGCUGCUUCACUCUGCCUCACGACGGCGCUGCCCAGAUUUGACCGGGGUGUUUGUUUACUUACUGCUAUCUUAACUUUAUUUAACCACAGCUCUUAGAACAGAUAACUACUGCGUCCGUAAUUCUUACCGGAGCGUCAUCUUCUUCAUGAACGGGUCGAAAAUUACUGCUGACGAAACACAUGGGUUGAGGUCGCCAGUGGCCUGUGGGUCCACGGCUGCGGGGAUCUCGCGGGCGGCAGAGGGUGUUGGGGGCGAGGCGAGCAACUGCAGGUGACGGUACGUCCUACGUGUCAGUGCUGGAGUGGGGAGCGACAGGUCACAGGCAACAGCGACGUGACGGGACGCGAUCGGCGAGCGGAGACAUGUGCGAGUGCGGGGGAAGGCUGGCUAAUGAUGGGAAAGGGACAAGCGUAUCGGCCGCAGCGCGCCUCCUGCUCCUGCAGCAGCUGCCGCCGGGGUUGGUUGGUGCAGUUGGUGGUGGUGGCGGCAUGCCGCUGCCGGCCCGCCGCCCCGGGGUGGGGUGAAUCCGGCGAGGGAGCUGUGAGCCUCGGAGACACCUGGCCACCAGCUGGUUCACCUGCGACUGCACCAGGUGGAUUUGGUGGCGGAUUAGGUGGUCGGGAUAGGGAUGGAGGCGGAGGGAGAAGCCGUCCGGGAUUUCAUGGGGGUCUUGUUCAAUCUUCGGCACGGCUGGCUGGGGCUCAGCUUGCCUGCAGCCCUGCACCGUUGCUGCAUGGCGUCGUAGUAGUUGAGGAUGCGUGGAGAGGUCGUGACGUAGCUUGUGCAUGGUGGCAGCGCGUGGAUUGGGUGGCGUGGUGGUGACUGCGAUUCGUGGGCGACUGGUUUGUCAGUCAACCCAUCAACAGUAUUUUUUCGCAUACCAAAUCAACAUCACUACAUCAGUCAAUCAGUACCCAGCCAGGCACCAGCGUUUGGCCCGAAUUCAGUGUACCACGUUUGGGCUGAAUUCACAUUUGACUCAAAAUUGGCCUGUAACCUCAAUCCAGCCACUUUCAAAGAGGAGCCCAGCCCAGAAGUCCGAAACUCCAGCGUAAAUAGAAGAUUCGAAGCCCCCACUCCCCCCUCUUCUCUCUCUCUCUCUCUCUCCCACAACAUGUCCACACGCGACGCCAUGGCACCAUGGCACCUGGCGCCCCUUGACCGCAUCGCCCGUGGCGCGCUCCCGUCCGACCACCCGCCGCCGCCGCCCGCCGCGCUGCACGCCCACCUCCUCCGCUCGCAGGCCGCGGCCACCGAGCCCGCUCUCAUCCGCUCGCUCAUGAACAGAGCCAUCAGCCGCCUCGCCAAGCCGCGCCCGCGCGCCGCGCUCGGCCUGCUCCUCCUCAUGCCGCGCCUGCCCGUCUCCCCCGACCACUUCACCCUCCCGUUCGCGCUCAACGCCGCCGCGUUGCUCCGCAUCCUCCCGCUCGGCGCCUCCCUCCACGCCGUCGCCAUCCGCCUCGGGCUCCUCCCUCUCCGCCUCCCCGUCGCCAAUGCACUCGUCGAUCUCUACGCAAAGUGCGAGGACUUCCCCGCUGCGCACGCCGCGCUCGCCGACAUCCCCGCUCCCGACGCAGUCUCCUUCAACUCCCUUCUCUGCGCGCACGCCCGCAACGCCUCCGUGGCUUCCGCCGAGUCCCUCUUCACCGCCAUGCCCAGCAGAACCUAUGUCUCCUGGAACGCCAUGGUGGUCGUCUACGUCAAUGCUGGUGACCUCGUAUCUUCUCGCCGUGUGUUCGAUGAAAUGCCUACAAGAGACAUGACCUCGUGGACGGUGCUGAUUGUUGGGUACUGCAAGCGCGGGUUGGUCCAGGAUGCGCGCGAGCUGUUUGAUAAAAUGCCGGAAAAGAAUCUUGUGGCUUGGGCGGCAAUGAUUAAUGGUUAUGCACAGACUGGGAGGCCAAAGGCGGUACUUGCUUUCUUUAGGAAAUUGGAGUCUGCUGGGUUUGAGCCUGAUGCAGCCACAAUGGUUGGGGUUAUUUCUGCAGUUGCACAGAUGGGCAGCACGGAUUUGGCUGUGUGGGUUGGAGCUUAUGUUGACAGGAAGAAGAUCGAAAGGAAUGUGAAGAUUCUUACAGCAUUAGUAGAUAUGCAUGCCAAGUGUGGCAAUGUUGAGCAGGCACUGAAUGCUUUUAGGGAGAUUGCACAGCCUGAUGCCUAUCCAUACACAGCAUUGAUUAGUGGGCUGGCAACUCAUGGGCAUGCAAAGCUGUCACUUCAAGUGUUCGAAAGGAUGCAGGCUCAUGCCAUCUUGCCGGACCCUAUCACCUUUGUUGGUGUGCUUACUGCGUGCAGCCAUGCGGGGCUUGUCGAUAAGGGACUGGUGUAUUGGGAGGCAAUGGUGCGGGAUUAUGGAAUUGAGCACUGUGCGGAUCACUAUGCCUGUGUCGUAGACAUGCUUGGGCGAGCAGGGAGGAUUGAGGAGGCAUUCGAGAUGGUUCAAAAGAUGCCAAUGGGGCCACAUCCAGGGGCUCUUGGUGCACUGCUGAGUGCCUGCAAGACAUAUGACAAUGUUGAGAUUGCAGAAAUUGUUGCAAACAAGCUUUUUGAAUUGGAACCUGGGAACACUGGGAACUAUAUACUGCUUUCAAAUAUAUAUGCUGGGAAAGAACUGUGGGAGGAGGCAGAAAGAGUCAGAUCUCUAAUGAGAACAAAACUGCCGUUUAAAAAGCCAGGAUCCAUUUGGGUUGAGGAUCGACAGAGGGAGCAUGCCAAGAUGUCUGUAAUGGCUGAGAAUCAGUUGAAAUAGGAACACUGCUUUGGAUUUGGAGAUAGUAGAGGCUAGGCAGUCUUGAAAUAAAACAUAGCUAUUUACCAGUUAGCAAAGCAAGAGCUUCAUAUCAGCUUGCCACUCAGGUAUCUUUUCUCCCUUCACAGCUCAUGACUUCAUGUCAUACAUGAAACAUACUGUGAUAAAUUAUUUUGAUCCACAUAGGUGGUGACCAAGUUGAUUUCUUAUACGAAGUGUAGUUAUCUCCUAAUAUACUUAGACAGCAGAGCAUAAAAACCUAACACUUGCAGCGAAGCUCUACAUCUAGAAUAGGUGCUAGUGCUAUAGCAAGAGGUCUUAUAUAUGAUUAACCAAGUUUUAGUAAUAGGAGUGCUUAUACUUCAUUAGAAUUUAUAUGGUACACCUUAGUGCUUGUUACUCACGGGGUUCAGCCAGAGCACCACAUGAUAUAGUUUUUCAAAACAUGCUGAGUAUGAAAGACUAGGAUCAUUUGCAAAUUACUAAUAUCAGAAAGCAGUAUCCUCAUGAAGCGAAAUUAUUAUUUACAGUGAGAACUCCACAUGAAUGAGUGUAUAUUGGCCUUGAUGACUGAUAAAUCAUAAGCAGAAGAAGAAAAAUAA